CGCUGCUGAGGCCGGAGAGAGGCGGGGGGGCCGCCGCUGGAGCUGGAGCAGACCCGGGCAGGCAGGCAGGCAGGCAGGCUGGAGCUGGAGAGACGAUGAGCCGCUGAGCAGAGCAGCAGAGCAGCACACAGACAGACACACAGUGGAGAGAGAGCUGCUGGAGAGGAGCAGGCUGCCUCAUGCCGCCGGGCUUUACUGGGAAUUAAUCACCUGACUGUCCAGAGAGGACUACUCUGUCCGGUUCCGUGAAGGAGGAAUUAUUACAACACGACAACAAAAUGCAUUAUUCUGGGAUCUGGUUGCUGAUGGCGGCUCUGCAGGUUGUAGUUCUGGGUGGAGAGGCCGAGCAGGCGUCGCCGCCAUGCACCAGAGGCUUUACUCAGGAGGAAUACAUCAUCCAACUGGACCAAGAGCUGGCAAAGGGACAGGCCAUCUUCAACGUGAGCUUCAUGGACUGCGGUAGAGGGAAGGUGUGGUUCGGGGUUGGAGAUUCGUCUGCUUUCAGGGUGAGCGAGGACGGCGUUGUCUACACCCUGCGCCGUCUCAGCCUGGCGGGAAAGGGAAAAGCUGUGGAGGUGGUCUACGCUCGAGACCUGCAGUCCAAACAGGUCUGGAAGACCAGAGUGCAUCUCCACGUCCAUCCACAUGGCAACAGCGCCGGACAUGAAGAGGUAAAGCCCAGUGAUGCAACACUGACUCAGCGGGUACCAGAGAUCUUGUUUCCAUGGCGCAGCGUGGUUGUCAGGGGUGAUGGCACUCUGAGGCGGGUGAAGAGGGACUGGGUCAUUCCACCUAUCAACGUCCCCGAGAACUCACGAGGACAGUUCCCCGAGGAGCUAGUCAGAAUCCGCUCAGACCGGGACAACAACAGGAUGCUGCGUUACAGCGUGACGGGCCCCGGGGCCGACCAGCCUCCGACCGGCAUCUUCAUCAUCAGCCCGAUCUCGGGCCAGCUGUCCGUCACCAAGCCUCUGGACAGAGAGCACAUCUCCAACUUCCAUUUACGAGCCCACGCGGUGGACCUGAAUGGGAAUCAGGUGGAGAACCCCAUCGACAUCGUCAUCAACGUCAUUGACCAGAACGACAACAGACCAGAGUUCACACACACCAUCUUCAACGGCUCGGUACCGGAGGGAUCCAAGCCUGGAUCCUUCGUGAUGACGGUGACGUCGGUGGAUAAGGACGAUCCAAAAACUGCUAAUGGGAUGCUGAGAUAUAAGAUCCUCUCCCAGAAUCCCCAGAGCCCCUCCUCCAACAUGUUCACCAUUAACAACAAGACCGGUGACAUCAUCACUGUGGCAGCGGGCCUUGAUCGGGAGAAAGUCACCCAGUACACCCUGAUCAUCCAGGCUACGGACAUGGAGGGAAACCCGACCUAUGGCCUAUCCAACACUGCCACCACUAUCAUCAGGAUCACUGAUGUCAACGACAACCCCCCUGAAUUCACCACAGACACGUUCUUCGGGGAGGUUCAUGAGAACAGGGUGAAUGUGAUCGUUUCUAACCUGACUGUGACGGAUAAAGACCAGCCUCACACUUCGGCCUGGGGCGCCGUGUACCGCAUCAUCGCCGGAGACCCCACCGGACGCUUCUCAAUCCCCACUGACCCCACCACCAACGAAGGCCUGCUCACUGUGGUCAAGCCCGUAGAUUUUGAGCUGACCCGCUCCUUCAUGCUGACGGUGGAGGCAGAGAAUGAGGUCCCGCUGGCCCGCGGCAUCCACCUGCCUCGUCAGUCCACGGCGACCGUCUCCGUACGGAUCCUGGACAUCAACGAGAGUCCGGAGUUUAGCCCCAAUCCCAAACCCGUCAAACUGGAGGAGGGUCUGCCUGCAGGGUCUCUGCUCACCACCUUCACUGCCCAGGACCCGGACCGCUUCCUGAGACAAACUGUCCGGUACUCCAAGAUGUACGACCCCGCUAACUGGCUGGAGAUCGACCCAGUUAACGGACGCAUCUCCACCAUCGCCAUCCUCGACCGAGAGUCUCCCUAUGUCAAGAACAACCUCUACAACGUCACCUUCAUGGCUUCUGAUAACGGUAUCCCUCCUGCCAGCGGGACGGGCACCCUUCAGUUGUACCUGCAGGACAUAAAUGACAAUGCACCUCACGUGUUCCCCCCCGAGGUGGAAAUGUGUGAGAGGCCAGAUCCAAACGCCAUCAACAUCACAGCCAGCGACCCCGACCUGGCCCCGAACUCUGGACCCUUUGCCUUCGAGCUGGCCAAUCGUCCAGCAGACGUACGCCGCAACUGGACGCUCAAUCGCGUCACUGGCGAGUACGCCCAGCUCAGACUGAGGAUCGGCUCCCUGGCCAGCGGGAUCUACGAGGUUCCGAUCAUGAUCACUGACUCCGGCAACCUGCCCAUGUGCAACACGUCCUACCUGAGAGUCAAGGUCUGCCAGUGUGAUCACCACGGAGACUGUGUGGACAUGGAGCGAAUCAUCGCCGCUGGACUGGGCACCGGAGCCAUCAUUGCCAUCCUCAUCUGUAUCAUCAUACUGUUAGUGCUGGUGCUGCUGUUUGUGAUGUGGAUGAAGAGGAGGGAUAAGGAGCGUCAGGCCAAGCAGCUCCUCAUCGACCCAGAGGACGACGUGAGAGACAACAUCCUCAAAUAUGACGAGGAGGGAGGAGGAGAGGAGGACCAGGACUACGACCUCAGUCAGCUGCAGCAGCCUGAUGCCCUGGAGCCAGAGUGUGUCAAGGUGGGGAUCAGACGUAUGGAUGAGAGGCCUCUCCAUCAUGACCACCAGUACCCCCUCCGCUCUGCUGCCCCCCACCCAGGAGACAUAGGAGACUUCAUCCACGAGGGCCUGAAGGCAGCAGACAACGACCCCACCGCCCCCCCCUACGACUCCCUGCUGGUGUUCGACUACGAGGGCAGCGGCUCCACCGCCGGCUCCCUCAGCUCCCUGCACUCCUCCUCAAGCUGCGGCGACCAGGACUAUGACUACCUCGGCGACUGGGGGCCGCGCUUCCGCAAGCUGGCCGACCUGUACGGCGGAGGGGACGAUUAACCCCCCUCCCCCCACCACCACCUGCACCUGCAACAACCACCCUCCCCACCCCACCCUUGCUCCAAGCGCUCAGGUGGGGUGGGCAGAGUUAAAGGAAAAGAGGAUGUGGGGUAAAAACGGGGUACGGAUUACCAGGACAGCUUGUAAAGAGACUCGCCGCCCCCUCGACGACGGGCGAUGACUCUAGGGACCAUUCGGACUCCUGGCCUAGCAGUUCAGGCUAAAGGACAUGACUAUCUGAGCGUUAGCCCCGAUGCUAACAGACGUGAGCAGCCGGAACAGUGCGCUCAGAGGGGAUGUUGUCUCUAUGACGAUUAAGAGCUACAACAGCCAUGCUACAGACGCUCAUUUACACUUGAAUCUCACAGUACAGGAGCACUGGGGUCAAACGUGCCUUUUUGUACAUUCUUUUGAUUGUUCAGUCUUGAUUCUAUGCGUUGCUUUAAAGCUCCUCGCUGUUUUGCAACGGCAACCGGAGGAGCACUUCGCCAUGAUAAGUGUGUGUGUGUAUGUGUGUGUAUGUGUGUGUGUGUGUGUGUGUGUGUGUGUGUGUGUGUGUGUGGAUUCCACCUCGUUACCUGUAUGUGUGUGUGAGAGAGUGUGCGUGAGUCAUUUCCACAGAGACACACUGGAUGGACACUAUAAAAGGGCAAAGCCUAUUAUGAGACGCCUUGGAUGAUCCUACCAGCAAAAACAUGGCUCUACUGUACGGCUCUGGGUGUUAACGCUUUUCUUUUUUCCUUCUGAUUCAUUCAGAAAAUCCCAACUACAACUCCUGACAGCUGACAGUGUGUAGAUCUUAAUCAAUCACACAGGUUAGCAGAAUCAAAUAUACAUAUUUAGGGCCCGGGAAUUUGGGUCUCGGGCUUGAGUGUUGCAAAAUGGCUCGCUAGCGCCCCUCUAGAAAGUUAGAAAAAUUGAGCCCCUCGCUCCGGUUUCACCUACAUGUGUGCAAUUUGGCAGACAGAUGUAACAUGUGGAGACACAGAAAAAAAGCCUCUUGGAGGUAUGCCCAAAACUCAACAGGAAGUUAGCAAUUUUGAAUUUAAUGUGCGAUUUUCGCCCAUUUUUAGCGUAUUAUUGGCCGUGUACUUUAAAGAACUCCUCCUACAGAUUUAAUCAGAUCGACUUGAAAUUUGGUCAGGACCAUCUUAAGACCUUAAGGACAAAAGUUAUUCAAAUAGUGACUUUUCACUGAACGACCUGACCGUGGCGUGGCGGCCAUUUUGAGCCAUUCGCCAUGAAACAGGACGUUUUUGUAACUCCACUGUACAUAGUCCAAUUUGCCCCAAAUUUCUCAGGCAUGAUAAAGGUCCGGUCCUGAUGACAUGUACAUGCAAAAAUAUACUCAUAGCCCCACCCCCUUUCAUAACUCAUGAACUGUUUGUCGUAGAGUCUUGUGGCAGGCGUCAUUGCACUCAGCAGAGAGUUCCUGUUUCAUUGUGCCUGGCCGCAUCGAUCGGUGUCCCGCCAGUACCCCCGACGCAUGGGAAGGUGCGAGGGCCCGUUCAUUAAUUAGUAACAAAUUCACUAUACUGAUCACUAAAGUCUACUCUGACCAGAAGCUGGUGUUAUUCCAUGUGUGAAGCAGUGGUUCUCCGUGAUACGGCAGUAUAAACGGCGGGGCUCAUUCAGCCACGGUAUUAGCCACAGUAUUAUUUUUUGCUCCGUGAUCACAUGUUUUUUUCAUUUCCUUUCUGCGCUCCUCAUACUGAUUUUUCCCUGCAAAGUCUGAUCAUUCACAUCACAUCACAGCUUUUGACUGAACUGCGAUAAAGAAUGGCUGUCUCUCCCCCCCCGGCUUUGUACACUCUGAGAUAAUCAAGGACAUUUAGUGCCACAUCGGAUUUAAAUAACUUGAAUGGCGGCUCGUACGAGCAGAAAAUGCUAUUUUGUAGUGCAGUUUAAAUAUUGCGGUUAUGUCCUUGCUGCGUUUUCACAAAUUGGACCUUUAAAUGGGAUGUAGUUUAGCUGAUUUGCAGGAUGACAAAAUAACGAAGCAAAGUGGCGAAAGACACAGUGGUGAAAUAUGAUUUUCAUUUAUAUGUCUGUGCAGAUGAAAGGAAAUGGAAAACAGAGAAUAAAGGCACAGAAAACAAAAUCUAAAAAAACCCCAUCUGAAGCACUUUUGGUUGCAGAGCAACAGUAAAUCUACGAACUGACAAAUACAGUAGUAUUGUAAUGAAAUGAGUUUGUAUUUACAGAUGAAUCUGUAUGUUUGAUAAACAGACCAAUCCUCUGUGACGUGUGGGUCUGCAGCAGAACAGCACAAAGGUGGAAGACCUGGAAGAUCAACCAAAUUGCUCAGUCUAUUUCUGCUAAUACUUCUAUUACUUCAAAUAGAAAUGUGACUUUCAGGAAUUCAGUUGAUGUAACUUCACUAAUUUUUAGGGCUUGUCAAUCAAUUCAAAUAUUUAAUCAGGAUUAACCACAUGAUUGUUCAUUGUUAAUCGCAAUAAAUCGCAAAUGAAUCGCACAUUUUUUUAUCUCUUCAAAAUGAAAAAAACGGCUUAUGCAUCAUGCACACCAAAACACAUAGGUAGCCAACACCAGCUGUGUAUUUCACUUUAUAUUUGCCAGGGGAGGGUACCUGUAACAGUACCUGUAACAUCUAACAUCACAGUACCUGUAACAUCCAACAUCACAGUACCUGUAACAUCCAACAUCACAGUACCUGUAACAUCUGACAUCACAGUACCAGUAACAUUCAACAUCACAGUACCUGUAACAUCCAACAUCAUAGUUCUACUUUUUGUGCAGUCGGAGCCACUGUUUGCCACCAAUCUUUGCAUGUAAACUAUUAAUUAAAAAUCAAGUGUUUUUCAAAAAUCAAUACAGUACCACAAAACUUAAUAUCGCAAUAUUUUCUUGCACCCCUAAUUAUUACCGUACUGGCCCUAAUAUAAGAUGACUCUAAUGUUUUUGGAAAGACUCUUUGAAAACAAGAAACACCAUCCUAUUGGGAACAUUUACCCAAAAUACUGAAAUCUUUCCAUUAAUGUUUCUAAUGUAAGCUUGUUUAAUAUGCUUGGGUUAAGGUUAGGGUUAGGGUUAGCUUGUUUAAUAUGCUUGGGUUAGGGUUAAGGUUAAUGUUAGGGUUAGCUUGUUUAAUAUGCUUGGGUUAAGGUUAGGGUUAGGGUUAGGGUUAGCUUGUUUAAUAUGUGGUCCUGUGUAGUUAACUCUUGCUGCAGGCAGUCUCAUGGGACAUUCUGUGACAGAGGUGAUUCUCGGCCGAUCGACCCCCUCAGGUUAACACUGGCUCCGUCAGCACUUUCGCCUUUGUUUGCAUUGUUAGCUCUGUUAGCUCUGUUAGCACCGUUAUCUACAAGCCGCCGGCUUGGCGUCACCAUGUUGAGAGCCGUUGAGAGGCAAUAGAAAUGCUCCCAAUCCCGUGUUUAGCACCUUUAAGGCCACAAACAACCCAUAAUGCAACCUUUUCUUGGUGUACCAGGCUCACUCUGUUGGAGCGGGUACUUUCAAUUAAUGAUAACAUCUGCUACUCUGAAUAUAUCUUAUUUCAUAGUAUACAUCCAGAAAAAAAUAUCAUAUAACUCGGGGCCAAUACAGUACUUGUAGUUGUUACAAACUCGCGUUUUUGAGUUUCCUUUAGUUUCCUAUGUAUCUUUAAAAUCUGACGAGCAAAUUGCCAUGACGUUUUUGAGGACCUUCAACUCUUUUCAAAGCCCAGCAUCAUAUUCAGGACCAGUGUUACACAGAGGCGAGGCUGUAUGAAGAGUUCCUGCUGAGCCACAGCCUCUGACAGUGUUGUCAUUAGUUUUUAUUAGUGAGAGGCGGACGUUGGUCAAACCCAGAGCUGUACUAAAGAGCUGCAUAUUUUUGCCAGUUUGGUGUUCCAAAGCUCGUGAGAAGACAUGUACAGUAAUGCUAGACUUUAGAUAGAUACCUUCUGUUUUCUUGUUUUGCUUUUAUCACAGUGUAACUUAUGCAGCUGAUUGCUAAUAAAGGGAGACAUCAGUCCUUGUUUUGUAGCAACGAUACUUCUUGAUACUCUGCUGUGGUGGAUUAAAAUACUAAAAAGGCAACGUUUGUUUUUUCUGCUGAUGAUCUGCCUUAGUGUUCUCUGGUACUCAAACUGGCUACUCACUGUAAACUGAAAUAUGUACAGAUUGUAUUUUUCUCUCUUGUUGUUCUUUUGACUGUGGUCUCUGACAAUGACAUGCUAAUAUCCUCAAUCCUUGUAUAUGUGUAAUUUGGAUUACAAAUUAAAAUGUUUUUGCAUGUUUU